UGAUAAUUAGAUGACAGAAUGUGAUAAUUAGAUGACAGAAUGUGAUAAUUAGAUGACAGAAUGUGAUAAUUAGAUGACAGAAUGUGAUAAUUAGAUGACAGAAUGUGAUAAUUAGAUGACAGAAUGUGAUAAUUAGAUUACAGAAUGUGAUAAAUAGAUGACAGAAUGUGAUAAUUAGAUGACAGAAUGUGAUAAUUAGAUGACAGAAUGUGAUAAUUAGAUGACAGAAUGUGAUAAUUAGAUGACAGAAUGUGUGUGUGAUGUUCUGGCAGAGACACAUAGGGCCUAUUACAUUUAGUCACAUGAUAUUGGAGUCAGAUUGAUAAAUACAUUUAAUUAUUCAACAUAAUUCUAACUGACUACAGUAUUUCAGAUGUUAACAUAUUGAACAAUGCUCAGUACAGUGUAUCUUCAGAUAACACAUCACUAAGGACUUCCUUCCAUCAAACCUCCACAGCACAAACCACCUAGUUUCUGAAAAACCACAAGCUCUUCUACAGAAAAUGCUUUGAGGGGGAAGGGGAGUUUAGUAAGCCACGGUCUAUGUCCAGCUUUGACUAAGAGAGCACCUAUUUACUUCCUGAAAGGCUUACUACUUGUAGUUUACCACCACACGGUCUCAUCAUUUCGACAUAGACAGGAAGUCAAACUAAUUAUCUAUAUUUUGAGAUGAAAACUCUGUUUCUGCUACACAUCUGUUGGCUGGAAAUCAUCACAGGAAUCAGAGUUGAACCUUCAGUGGACCAGUAUGGGUUGAAGGGGGGUUCAAUAUGUCUGGCUGUUGCAGAACCUGAGAUUCUCAAGGGACUUAAAUGGAAGACGGGCAGUGAUAUAAUAGUUGAUGCUAAAGAGAUCUCUCCUAAAUACAAGGAGAAGGUGGAUUAUAACUCUGUGAACCAUUCUCUGUGUAUAAAGAAUAUGUUGAACACAGACAGCAGAAUUUACAUAGGAAGUGCAAUUAAUCAGAGAGACUGGACAUAUUCAUCUACCACAUACAGACUAAAGGUGCUGGAUCAUGUUCCCAAACCAGUCAUGGAUGUCACAUCUCUCUUCAACACAAGUGUGGGACUCUGUGAUGUCACAGUGAACUGUUCAGGUAAAGAUGGCUGGAUGUUGUCUGUCUGUGGAUGGGGUCAGUGUACACUGUCACAACAGUUACUGUCUCUGUCUGGGGUCAACAUCAUCAUCUCCAAUGGCAACGGGACUAUCCAAUGCACCAGCAGCAACCACGUCAGCACACUGACCAUCUCUCAACACGUGGAGGACAUAUGUAUUGAUGAGAAGGACGCCAAAGCUUCAGCAUUAUCAGUCAGGACCAUUGUGGCCAAUAUUGUUCGAUCAGUGAUUGUCUGUGUUGGAUUGGCAGUCACCAUAAUGGCCAUCAUCAAGGUCAAAAGAUGGAUAUCCUCAAAAGAAGAUGACUCAACUCAGGAAGUCAUCGUUGAAGUCGCUGACACCACAGUGAAUGAUUCAGCAGAGGUGAGGCCAGAACCACUGGGCCCUCCUGAGGGUAUUCGCUUAAAGGGAGAGCCGUGUCGGGUCGCCUUCCACAACAACGAACUCGGCAUGUUCUGAUGUGAAGCACACCCUACACAUGAACAGAUACUCUCUAGGACCUUCCUCUGGCUACCAGGCGGGACCUUUCUCUGACUACAAGCCAGGACCUUCCUCUGACUACCAGCCAGGACCUUCCUCUGACUACCACCCAGGACCUUCCUCUGACUACCACCCAGGACCUUCGCUCUCGCUACCACCCAGGACCUUCCUCUGGCUACCACCCAGGACCUUCCUCUGGCUACCACCCAGGACCUUCCUCUGGCUACCACCCAGGACCUUCCUCUGGCUACCACCCAGGACCUUCCUCUGGCUACCAACCAGGACCUUCCUCUGGCUACCAAUCAGGACCUUCCUCUGGCUACCACCCAGGACCUUCCUCUGACUACCAACCAGGACCUUCCUCUGGCUACCAACCAGGACCUUCCUAUGGCUACCAACCAGGACCUUCCUCUGGCUACCAACCAGGACCUUCCUAUGGCUACCAACCAGGACCUUCCUCUGGCUACCAACCAGGACCUUCCUCUGGCUACCACCCAGGACCUUCCUCUGGCUACCACCCAAUGUAAUGUCCAACGUUUCGACAGCCAAGCUGUCUUCAUCAGGGUAUGAUCACAAACACUG